AUGGACGACCCAGCGACCCGUGUCCCCGGGCAGUUGUUGCCGCAUAUGCACCUGGUGUCGCGACACCGGUUCCCGUUGAUGCAUAUGAUGCCCACCGACACCGUGGUCGAAUACCUCCUCGGCGCACCGAAGAUUGUACGGGAGGCGCAGCCGAUGCAUUGGACCUUCCUGGAUGGACCUCAAGAUGGGACUGUCAUGCUCGCCUGGCAGCCCUUGAAUCAUUUGGGAACGAACUUCGCCAGCGAUGGUUACGUGUGGGCCGAUGUUGAACAGGCGUUUACCUUCGAAGCCCGCGGUUACUUGGUCGAGAUGUGGCUGCACCGCAGUGGCUACCAUCCGCCAAACGAGACAAUGGCGAUCCAUUGUCGCAGACGCUACCGGUUGCUACCUUCGAAGAACCCGAACCCAAACAUGCCCCCGCCCGACCCGUCAUUAUGGAUCGUUCACUACUCACGAGCACCUCCUACCGAGCAUAUUCCGGCCAACAGAAUCCAUGUGCUCCCUCAAGUCCAGAGCAUGCUCGGCCAACGUCGCUUCUUGCAAAGCCAAGGCCAGUUGGCCCGCAAAGACUUUAUGCUGCACGACCGCAAUAACUGGCCGACGAUCAAUUUCCCCCCACAGGUUGCCCCGCAGGGUUUCGCACAAGUUCCACCAGCAUAUCCGAGUGCCAUGGUCGGGCGUCAACCGUUCUAUCCUCAGCCUGGUUCAGGUGUGCCCGCUCCGGCAGGAGGAGCCCCGGCCAAGGCGCCCCGUGGACAUCGCGCUUCGUCGGCUGCAGUGAAUGCCGCCACUGCCGACUUCGCUCUCGAGGACGAGGAUGUUUCCACAGGCGAUAUGAUGGAUCUUCUUACCCCACGGGAAGUGAGUAAGAUGAGAUAUCAACAACACCAUGAAUGGAUGGAAGAGAUCUUUGCUUCACCGUACGCCAUCAGCCAGAUUACCCCCGUCUCUCUUGGGUUGGGUCGCAAAGGGGAGUUGGAGUCGUUGACGGCGGGCUUCUUCGAUGCGCCUUCCGGACCUACUAGUGGAGAAUCUAAAGAUGCGGCCGAUCCGGCCCAGGCUACCAAGAUGGAGCCUGCCAAGGCCGAGGAGUUUGCCGACCGUGUUGCGAAGAAGGUGGCAGAUAUGACUGCCGAGAUUGAGAAGCUGAAGAAGCGGCAUGCGCGCCGGAUGGAGAAGUUUAACCGUACCUCAUUGCUUAAAGAUGCGGAACUCCGACUCCGGGAAGCGGCGGCUGAUCCGAACGCCACAGGGACUGAACUCUGGAGACUGGAAGGCCGCAUUGAGAUCCCCGCUGAAGGCGACGAGACUCAAACACCGCCUGCUUCCGACCCUAAGGCUAAGUACAAGGUGGAUGACGUGGUUAGGGAGCUCGAAACCUCGUGGAACAAGCAGAUUGUGCCCGAGCCUAAGGUUUCUUGUGUCCAAAAAGGCGGCUUGUUAGAAAAGAUUGAACCCGAACAGAAGCUAGAAGCCCCCGCAGAUGACGAUAUCGACAUGGAGCACGCAGAUAGCCUUCUUCUCAACCAGUUUGGUUCUCCACCUCCCUCCGGCCCCGUUCAAGGAGGUGCACCUACCGCUCCAGAAAUAGCCGCCACGGCAAGUGUACCAGGUGUCUCCGGAGUCCCUGGUGUCAAUGCUGCUGCACCGCUGCAGACAACAGCUGCCGUUGCCCAACAGAGUGUGACGAUGCCCGGUAUGGAUGUUGAGAUGGACCUGGGCAAUGCUCCGUCCGCGAAUACCGCCGCAGGUGAAACUGGGGAUUGGGUAAUGGUCAACGAUGAGAAGAAGGACCACGGCGACAAGCCUGCCGUUGGCGAUGCCCCUCUCCAUGGAAUUGAAACGCCAGGCAGUGGAUUACAGGGGCUGACGCCUGGAAACACAGGGGGGGACAAUGGUCUAGACGGGGCCAACUUUGACUUUACUAAUAUGGACAGUGCGGGCGAUGCACUGGCGGCCUAUACGGAGCAGAACGAAGUCCUCGAUCUCCCGGACCUGGAAAACUCGGCGUUCGGGGACGCAUUCCACGCGUCCGAUAAUGAAAACACCCACCAUCAUGAUGCAGAUGACAUGGCUUAG